AUGGACGCAUUGAAACAAUCUGCUUGCGGACCUGGCUUUUUUGGUCUCGACUUCAACGGCGACGACUCGGCGGACGUCCUCCUGGACUUCGUUGAGCUUGAACAGUUCACAGAAGCACUUUUUGAUCGACCCUCCGAGGAGAAGAAGCAGCACGAUUUCAGAAAGGCUGGUAGGGUUUUAGGUUUCAAGGCCAUUGGUACAGAAAAUGGUGCUGUGCUAGGAAGGCCCGAUGGAUUUGAGCUUUUCAUGUUGCCUCAAAAUGAAUUUGUCCUCCCUCCGGACAGAAGUCACCGCCCGUUGCCACCAUUUCUCGACUCCAAAAGAGGGUUCUUGGAAGCCUGCAUGAGGACAUACCAGAAGAUUGGGCAGAUUAUCUUACAAAGGCUGACAGAAGCAUUGGAACUCAACGAUGAGAUACUGCUUGCCCAUGCCAAAGACAAACCCUCCAUGACCAGUCUCAGUUUCCUGAAAUAUCCACCGCAGCAACCUCAAAGCUCGCAAGUUGGACAUAUCCCUCACACCGAUAUCGGGAGUUUGACAAUCCUUUUGACCGGACAGAAGGGUCUCCAAGUAGUAGAUCCCGAAUGUCAGAAAUGGGUCUUUAUAGAGCCAAAGGCAGGCCAGCUCAUUGUCCAAUUUGGCGACUCCAUGCAGUUUCUUUCGAGGGGGCGGAUCAGUUCUUCUUUGCAUAGGGUAUUCCCUUUUCCGGAGGCUCCUUAUGCAACAAAGUACACGAUCGCCUACUUCAUGCGACCAAACGUGGAAGCUGAAAUUCCGGUGGAAGAUGGCAGCGUCUGGUUGUACAAAGAUUUGCAUUGCAGAAAGAUGGAUGCCUUUUCAAGCCCAAUCAGAGCGUCCCGUGAAGAUGAAGUCGAAAUCAUUUCCACAGCCAGUCCCGUGGUGGUAGAAUAG